AUGUGCCAGCAUGACCAGGUUGCCGACGACAGCAACCAUGGCUCUCCCCAGCCCUCGGACGAUUUUCCCUGGCAUCUCGGCGCGUACGACGCACACUGCCACCCAACCGACACCAUGGCUUCGAUCGACAACCUCGCCCGCAUGCGCACAUCCGUCUUGACAAUCAUGGCCACGAGAUCGCAGGACCAAGACCUCGUCGCCGAGGUGGCCGCCUCGCACGGCCUCGCCAACACCGCCACCACCAGUACGGACCUCCCAGACGCCACCGGCGCCAGCAAAGUCGUCCCGGCGUUUGCAUGGCAUCCCUGGUUCUCGCACCAGCUCUACGACGACUCUGACUCUGCCGCGGAGCCAACAACCUACCACCAGCCCGUCGACGGCGCAUCUUCCCCGUCUGAAGCCAAGAGAGCUCACUACCGCGCCGUGCUGCAGCCGCCGCCCGACGACGCCUUUAUUGACAGCCUCCCGGACCCCGUGCCCAUCUCCGCCUUCAUCGCCGCCACCGCCGCACGGCUCGAGGCGUAUCCCCUCGCCCUCGUUGGCGAAGCGGGCCUCGACAAGGCCUUUCGUCUGCCCGAGCCGUGGUCAGAGGCCGACGACAACGACGUCGCUCUCCGCGACGACGACGCCGCCGCCGCCACCCCCGGCGGUCGCCAGGGUCGCCGCCUGAGCCCGCACCGCGUGCGCAUGUCCCACCAGCAGGCCGUGCUCACCGCACAGCUCGCGCUCGCGGGUCGUCUCGGCCGGGCCGUCAGUCUUCACGGCGUCCAGGCGCACGGCGUAUUAUAUGACACGGUUGCGCGGUGCUGGGCCGGCCGCGAGUUACCGUCGCGGCGCGAGAAGAAGCUUGUCGCGCCCGGUGCCGAAGACUUUUCCAGCAGCAGCAGCGAGGAAGAAGAAGAAGACGACGAAUCGCUACCGCAGGGGAUCAAGGCACUGAAUCUCGGACACAAGCAGACGAAAAAGGAGACGGGCAAGCCAUACCCGCCGCGCAUAUGCCUGCACUCCUUUUCAGGCAGCGCCAGCACGCUGGCGCAGUGGAUGCGGCGCAACGUCCCUGCGGCCGUGUACGUGUCCUUUUCCGCGGCCAUUAACCUGUCGACGGAGACGUCGUCGUCGUCGAGUCGCGGCAAGACGGACGAGGUGAUUCGAGCGGUGCCCGACGACAGAUUGCUGGUGGAAAGCGAUUUGCACAAGGCGGGGGAUGAAAUGGACGGCAUGCUCGAGGUCAUGUAUCGACACGUGUGCGAGGUCAAAGGCUGGGAGCUGGAGGAUGGCGUGGCGAGGAUACGCAAGAAUUACGAGAGAUUUAUAUUUGGUUGA